CCUAACGUCAACUGUGAUUGGUCCACGUUAUCAAUACUCUUCCUCUUGGCAUUUGGGUCCACUUCAUUCCUCUUUCUUGUUGUUUUCUAAUGUCUUACUUCAGAGUGGUAAUAUGUAUUUUGCUACUGAGCGAGGUGGCCACAUGUGUACGUGCUGGAAAGGACUAUUACAGCAUCCUGGGAGUUCCACGAGACGCAAGUGAAAGUCAGAUUAAGAAAGCCUUUCGUAAACUCGCUAUCAAAUAUCACCCGGACAAAAUCAAGGAUGGUGACAAGAAAGAAGCUGAAGCUAAGUUUAUCGAAAUAGCGGAAGCACAUGAGGUCUUGUCAGACUCUGAGAAAAGAAAAAUCUAUGAUCAAUAUGGGGAAGAUGGAUUAAAGAAUGGAGCUGGAGGCUUCAAUGGCUCUCCCUUUGACUUUAAAUUUAAUUUUGAUGACUUCUUCAAGGGUUUCAAUCCUUUUGAAGGAUUUGAGGACAUGGGUACGGCAAACGGCCACAACAGCCAUCAUGAGUCAUUUCAUUUUAACUUUGGUGGUUUUGGUGCGGAUCCAUUUGAUGGUUUUGGAGACACACAAGAGGUAGAUGAAGAAGUCAGUGAAGGAUUUGAUCCUUUUGAAAAUAUGGGAAACAUGUUUCAAGGAGGAGGAUUUUUCAAACAGCAAAAUCAAGGAAAUGGCGUGAACUGCAGGACGGUGACAAAGAGAGUGGGCAACAGUGUUUCUACGUACACUACGUGUAAUUGAUAUGAGUAACUACUACUUUCAAUUUGGUGCUGUUUAUAACUACUUGAAUUGAUAGAUGGAAAAUAGCUAACUAAUAAAUGAAAGAUAAGGUAUGACGCAAUGUCUCGCUCUGUGACCUUU